GAAUAGUUGGGGGAUCAAAAUGGAAUCAUCUAAUAUUCCUUAUGUUCUUGAGGAGAGCAGUGCCAAACCAAAAAGGUUUUGGAUGGAACUAACCCCCAGACGUCAUGAACUUCUCAGCACAUAUCUUCUCGGAAUUGGAACUCUCUUUUUAUACACCGGAUACUCACUUCAACAGUUUAUCGGAGAAUCUGUCAUCCACUCAAUUCAUGAAAAGUCACCGGACACCAUUUCCGCUUAUGCUGGAUACUAUGGAGCAGCCUUUCACUUAUCAGCAUUUGCAGUAUUUUCUCUCAUCACUCCUUCCCUUCAACACUUUGUCCCAAGUAAAUGGUUCCUGACACUGGCUUCUGCACUUUUUGCAGUUUAUUAUCUUGGAUUUUUUCAAUUGAAUAAGUACUACUUCUACUUGACACAAGCUCUUAUGGGAGUUGGAUAUUCAUUUUAUAACAAUGGAGAAGGACAAUAUCUGUCCGAACAUUCUUCUCGAAGAACGAUUGAAUCAAAUACUGGAAUUGAGACUGCAGUUGGGCAUGCAAGCAUGUUUUUCGGAGGAAUUGCACUUAUCGUUCUAUGCUUUUUGUUACACACAGAUGGUGGUACUGGAAUUGAGUACUCGGAUUUGCAGAUUAGAUUUAUCUACGGAACCAUGUUCAUUUUGAAUAUCUUCUCUGUCAUUGUGUUUGCAUUUCUACCAACAAAACAAUAUGACUCAAUUGCUUCCAAAUCUUCAACUGUUGUACCAUCUUUUGCUAAUCAAAUUAAGCAACUUCUCAAAGCAUUUCAAUCAACAAAUUUGCUGAUCUUAAUGCCAUUCUUCUUUUUCCAAGGAUUUGCAGUUUCAUUCUUAAUGACUGUAUAUCCAACAACACUUUCAUUUACUCAUGCAUUCAAAACUGAUAUUUAUAUUAUUGGAAUUUAUUCGGUUUCAAUGGGGUUGGCUGAAGCAAUUGGUGGUAUCUUCUUGCGCCCAUUGCUCAAAAGAGCCGGUGAUUAUGGUCUCUAUGUGACCGCUGGAUUCAAUUUUCUCUCAUACUCAGUUGUUAUCAUUUUGGCUUUUCUUUCAAUUCCAAAUCUUUCAACCUUUGGUCCAACCAGUUCACCACCAAUAUUUCUCACUCCAAGUCGUCUUCUCGUCUUCAUCAUUGGAUUUUUGAUCGGAUUCUCUGAUUUCUGUGUGACAAUGGCUCGUGCUGUCAUUUGCCAAGUCGCUGUUCCAGAUUGUCGUAUGCAGGUCUUCUCUCUGUCAAAACUUUAUCAGAGUGGUUCAUCAGUUGUAGUUCUCCUUCUAACUCCAUAUAUGACUAUCUACAUUUGGCUUUGUGUGCUCACAAUUUUCCUUUUAAUUGGAACCACAUGUUUCGUUAUUGUUGCCCGUAGAACUGCUGCCGAUCGUCAAAAACAUUCAAUUGCUCAUCCAUCCCAAGCUCAACUUGCUGACAAAAUCUGAAUAUCGGAUUUAACUGACCAACAGCCAAAUAUGAUGAUCUCCAUUCCAUCCGACACUUCCCUUAAUUUUUAAAAUUCACUAAAUUGUGUGCAUUUUCGGGUUUGAGACAUGCCUGCUAACCAAUUCUCACAAUAACUUCACAAAGAAAUAAAAUGAAGAAUUUAAUAAUGU